AUGACGUCAGGUGACACGUUAUCACCAGCUAAAUUUGCUAAGCAAAUUCUCCAUCAAAUAUAUCUUGGUGUUUUAUGUUCUAUACGAGGUUUUAUUCUAGCAUGGAAUAAUAAUUAUGUAUGGAAAAAACAACAACGUUCAUUUCUAUCACUUCUUACUUGUACAAUUAUUAUUUACAUCAUCCUUUUUAUAAUUUUUCUACCAUUUCGUCUAAUUGUUUGGUUUAUUUCAUUAUUUUAUACAUUUUCACCAUCGGCUAUAGAAUGGUUCGUACAAGUCACAUCAGCAGAAUCAAUGCUAUUCAAACUUCUAACAUUUAUACCUCUUCUUGCUGUAUUUGUAAUGAAUAAUCUAUUAGGGUAUGAUAAAUUAUUUUUUUCUGUUCUGGCAUCUGUGAAUCCAUCGUUAGCUGAACGUAUUAAUUCUCAUGCACGCCAAUCAUUUACGAGUUCAUUAUAUUUUUUUGCUCGUCGUACAAUCAUAAUGCUUGCCAUCAUCGCUUGUAUUCAUUUUCUUCGUUCAGUACCAUACGUAGGUUCUGUUAUACCAGCGCUUUGGGUGUUCAAAUAUGCACGCUAUACAAUAACAAAUACAAAAAAUAUUUAUUUACGAACGAUAUUUUUUACUCUACUCGUUCUAUUAACUAUUUUUAAAUCACUUCAUACACAAGCAAUGUCGUUACUACAUUUACAAAUGGCUAGUACAGCUUUAGCUCGAGAACUAUUUGAUACAUAUCUAUCACGUAUACAUACAAAAGCAAAAAUAGAUCAUAAACCAAUCAAUAUUAAAACACCGCUUCCACCAUCACGCUAUCAAUUUUUAGGUUUUUCUGUUCCAUCAUUAUUUUAUCCAUUAUUUAAUUCGCCGACGAAUCUUGAUAUUGAUAAAUCAACUACUGAAUUACCAUUACCACAUAGAAAAAUAACACAUUUUUUACGAGAAAAUUAUUUCUUACUACUUGCAUUUGCAUUUCCUUAUGUUUUUCUUUUUUCGAUUCCACUAGCAGGAUUUUUCUGUGUAGGCUUUGCGCAUGGCGCUGCUGCUUAUACACUUGCUGUGAUUACAGAAUAA